AUGCAUCUCAAGUCGUUCCUCCGGCUCUUUGCUGGGCUACUUUUGGCUUGGAUCUAUGGCUCUGUUGUCCGUUACUACUCGUAUGGACGUUCACCUCCUGUCUAUCCAUCGCCGCAGGGCCAGGGCACCGGAGACUGGUCGCAAGCAUAUAGUCAAGCCAAAGCUCUAGUCGCUCAGAUGACUGUUCAGGAGAAAGCGAACAUAACUUUGGGCUCCUCCGAGACACAUGGUUGCAGUGGUUUUACUGGGAGUGUCCCUCGUCUUGAUUUCCCUGGCAUGUGCCUGAAUGAUGCUGAGAGCGGAGUUCGUACUGCUAGUAAGGUGAAUGGCUAUCCUGCACAACUUCACACCGGAGCCUCCUGGAACAGGUCUCUGGCAUAUGAUCGUGCAUAUCGUAUCGGCCAAGAGUUCAAGACAAAGGGUGUCAAUGUGCUUCUUGGUCCAGUGGCUGGUCCUUUAGGCAGGAUUGCGACCGGCGGACGGAACUGGGAAGGAUUCUCCAACGAUCCUUACCUAGCAGGCUCUCUGAUCGCGCCCACAAUCGAAGGAAUGCAGCGCUCUGUCAUUGCUUGUUCAAAUCUCGAUGACAGGACUAUGCACGAGCUGUAUCUGUGGCCUUUCUAUGAUGCGGUCAAAGCUGGAGCUGGCUCGACCAUGUGUUCAUACCAGAGAGUCAACAAUAGCUAUGCUUGCCAAAACAGCAAGACUAUGAAUGGAAUCUUGAAGACCGAACUGCGAUUCGGAGGGUUUUUACUGAGUGAUUGGUAUGCACAGCAUACCGGAGUGGCUAGUGUGAAUGCAGGCCUAGACAUGGUCAUGCCUAGCUCUAUGUAUCUGGACUUCAAUAGCUUCGCUACUGCGGUCAAGAAUGGAUCAAUCAACAGCACUCGUCUAGACGACAUGGCCACUCGUAUUCUCGCAACAUGGUAUCGAUUUGCCAACUUGCCAAAUCCUGGAUUAAACGAUGCCGAUGCACGUCAGCCAGAAUCAGAAGGUACGCUAUUCCAGGGCGCUGUUGAAGGCCAUGUGCUUGUCAAAAACCUGGAAAAUGCACUUCCACUCAAGAAGCCCAAGGCGCUAUCGCUGUUCGGAUACGAUGCUCCCGGCGGAACAAAUACUUCCGCGACUGACUCGCAGCUCUAUCAACAGGGCAAGCUCAACACGCAAGCGUUUACCAACGGAAAGCCCUAUACUGAUCUUGAUGACCUGAUUUACUCGGCUCAAGUGCUUCCGGCCGGCUUCUCGGGUCCCGAGGUCGCUUUGAACGGCACCCUGUACACAGGAGGUGGAUCCGGUGCCAUCACACCUGUUUCGUCGAUUUCCCCCGAGGACGUAUUCCGUCAGCAGGCAGCUAUCGAUGGCACUGUUUUGUAUAUUGACUUCACUUCGCAGAAUCCUGUUAUUCAAGACGCCAAUAGUCCGUGUUUGGUGUUUAUCAACUCUCAGUCUAGCGAAGGCUGGGAUAGGAGUACGCUUGCAGAUGUCUAUUCUGAUACGCUUGUUAUCAAUGUUGCUUCUCAAUGCAAUAACACUAUGGUGUUUAUCCACAGCGCGGGCGUCCGUCUCGUUGACCGCUGGAUCGAGCAUCCGAACAUCACUGCAGUCAUAUACGCCAACCUGCCAGGCCAGUACAGCGGCAACUCGCUGACAGAAAUUGUAUAUGGUCGUCAAUCACCAUCUGGACGUUUGCCCUUUAUUGUCGCUAAGAACGAGUCUGAUUAUGGUUCUCUGUUACGACCAACUCUACCUGAUAGAACUAAUCCCCAGUACUCCCAGUCUGACUUCACCGAAGGUCUAUUCAUUGACUAUAAACACUUCAUCAAGCAGAACAUAACACCCCGCUUUGCGUUUGGCUAUGGGUUGACAUAUUCGAGCUUCAACUAUUCAUCACUGCGUAUCUCGGUCAAUGCGAGUGCCAUACGCUCAUCAACACCUCCAGGCUCAACAACAGGUAUCGCCCCGGAAGGCGGUACGACAUCCCUCUACGACAACAUCGCCACAGUUUCCAUCUCCGUCACCAACAUCGGGUCCAUCGCUGCUGCCGCCGAGGUUGCUCAACUAUACAUCGGUAUCCCCGGCAGUGGUGUACCAAAAGUUCUGCGUGGGUUUGAGAAGCGGUUGAUCCAACCCGGUGCAAGUGUAGUCAUGACGUUUCCGCUGAGGAGAAGGGAUCUGAGUAUCUGGGGUGUAGGUAGGCAGCAGUGGAUAUUGCCUUCUGGUGACUUUGUGUUGAUGGUUGGGAAGAGUGUUUUGGACAUACAGUUGCAGGGUACUCUGACCCUAUGA